AUAAACCCCCAGCUACAAAAUGGCUAAUCCAAAGCCUCCACAACGCGACACUCUUCGCACACUCUUAUUCCGCUAUACCCAAGAAGAUACGCGUGAUAAUGUCAUUGCAUUGAAGGAUCUCGACAGUCACCAAUUUGGCACCCUGCAAGACAGCCCCAGAUGGCCUCCCCUCCCAAGUCCAAGCCCGUUGUCCCGCUCAGAUCUGCUCAACCGAGCAAAUCCAACCCAUCAAUCCGCAACUCAACCGCCUGCCACCUCAGGGCUAUUUAGUCGCCCCCAUCCCUGGACUGCCCUUGAAUGGGCCGGUUUUUUCGACUCGGCAGUAUAUUGCUUUACCCAAGCAGCAGAAGAGAGCAGACAAGGCAGAUGGGCCGCUCGUGCGCCGUUCGGCAUUGACAGCCCGUUCGACGAGUACAUCCAGACAGGCGAGCGUCUCGAGGAGGGAUAUGAGCGCGGCGAAACCUCGCGGCUCCGAUGGAAGGCCCUGUCGCAGCUCGAGCUAGAUGCAGCGUCUGUUGGCUGCGUGAUUGCAGACAGCACGGCAGACAUGGUCGCCAAGGGGUGUAUACUGCGGAGUGAGCUUGUCUGUGCCUUGGCCCUUGCGUGUCGACAGAUUUGGGAGCGGAAGGCCGAUGAUCUUGGUCCUGGCAGGACAUUAACAAUCACCACUGCCACUUUCACAAAGGACAGCGCCCGUAUCGUUUAUAUGCUCAUCCCCCUCACCGGUGAGCAGCAACCUCCGAUCUCGAUCGUCGUCCAACGGGACGAACCCCUCGGGAAGAUGGUUAGCACCACAGAAGAAGCGGUGGAAAAGUGGCAAGACAUCCUCAGGCACAUGUUCUUCGGCAAAUCAGCAUUACUCAGCCCCCCGAAACUCCGAAUACCCAGCAGCAGAAAGGAACAGCGGGAACAGAUACUGUCGAGUGGAACAGGCCGGAACGUCGUAGUCUCUAGGACCACAUCCGAGCGAUUGUUUUCUGGAUCUACAGAUCCGCCCAAGAACGACGGCAGAGGUUCUGAGUCAUCAAGCAGCUCGUCGAGCGUCUUUGAUGGGCGCUAAGUUCAUUUGUAUUUAUAUUCAUUGUAAUUGGAACAGAGUAGGUAGAUGUACG